UUUAACUCAUUGACAGACUUUAAUUGCUAUAAGCUCCAACUAACCAUCAGCUCUGCAGAAGUUGUUUUAUAGUCAAUCAUAAUGCCGAUUGUUUUGAAUUGACGCAAAUUAAAGCUGACGAUAUGUAAUGCGAGUUUUGCUUGAAAAGUUGUAAAUCUUAUUUAAAAUGCUUUGCUUUUGACGUUUAUUGUGGUAUUAUCACAGACAAGUUAUAAAUUUGGGCCUUUUUGUUAUAAAUCGAUCUGUUAAGUUAUUUUUAAAUUUUAUAACGUCUGUUUGAAUGGUAUGAAAGAUGGCGGAUCAACUCACACAAGCACAAAUUGAUGUUUUCCAGGAAGCAUUCAAACUCUUUCAUGGGGAAGACACGGAGAGUAUAUCGACGGAUGAGUUGUCGAUUGUGAUGCGGUGUCUGGACCAGAACCCCACAGACUCCGAGUUGCAGGACAUGAUUAAUGAAGUGGACGCAGACGGCAGUGGCACGAUAGAGUUCCCGGAGUUCCUCACCAUGAUGGCCAGGACCAUGCAGGACACCAGCACCGACGAGGAAUUGCGUGAGGCGUUCAAGAUCUUCGACACAGAUGGAGACGGGAAGAUAUCAGUGGGGGAACUGCAGAUUGCCAUGGCCAAAUUGGGUGACAAUGCGACAGAGGAAGAGAUCAAAGAGAUUAUGCAGGAGGUGGACCUCAACCAGGACGGGGCUGUGGACUUCGAAGAGUUCGUUAAGGCCAUGAUGAGUUCCUGAUGGUUGCCAGAUGCAUACAAACUGUGAUGCUAAAACUGCCUAAACUGUUUGCUCUUUUUCCUCUCCUCUCCCCAACUCCCUUCCCCUCAACUCAUAAGCAUCGAUUUUCUAUGGUGUAAUGAUUUUUUUAUAAAGUAAUAAA